AUGUUCAAGUGGUUCAAAAAAGAUAAACCAUAACUUCCAACUAAUCUCAAAAAGCCCUAUCCUCAACUCUCCAGAGAAUAAGCUCAAGAAAUCCUUGCUAAUUUUUCAUAUAGAACCAUGGCUGAUCUCAUUUAUAAAGAUGAUUCCCAUCCUGAUCUGAAUGUAGAAUACGAGUAAAAACAGUAAAUUCAAUUGAAAACUGAAUGUCAUAUGGAUGAAAAAGGAAAUCUGUAUUUCAAUUAAGAAGAGCAAUUAUCUUGGGUUGAUGAGGAUUCCCACUAUGAGGAGGAUGAAUUAGACAAGCAAAUAUACGAAUAAAUGUAUGAGGAAAUGUAAGAGGAACUUCAGCAAAGAGGAGAACGAGAGCAUUUCAGACCAAUUACUGGUCCGGAAAACAACGAUAAUGAUGAGUGGGAAACUGAUAGCGAUGAACAAAAUUGA